AUGAGCACGGCUGUGGCGGGCAAUGGUUUGGUUCUGCUGCUGCUGGAGUGUUCCACCAAGCAUUAUAAGCCUAAGGCGAAGGACCGGAAGGACACCGCGCUCACCUUGCUCUCUCUGGGUAGUGGCCUCACCCAGCCCUCUUGGGGUCGCGUCUGGAUGCUCAAGCAGGCCCUCGCAGGAUUGCAGGAUUCCUUCGUGAUCUUGCCAGCUAUGUCGCCGGGAGAGAACUUCCUCGAAGGAAGUGACGACUGCUGCCGAGGACUUCCAUGUUUUCGUGAAGUCCUGCUCCUGCAGAGCUUCACCGGUUACUUGGAGCAGUUCUGCUCCCACAGCUCGAAAGCAAACGUAUUUGUCCCGGGAGGCCAAGAGCGGGACCAUGACCUCGAUGAGCGUCUUACUCAUGGACGUGCCCUUGCGGAGACCAUCGUGAAGGCGGCCAAG